AUGAACGGUGUGGAUGGCGAGAAGCGACGAGUCUGCGGCAGCUCCGUUGCGCGUAGUCGAGAUGGGACGCGAUACAGGAUCGAUGGCCCACGGAGGAAGGAGGGAUGGGGCCUGGCAGGGGAUUGGGAAAGAGCGCCCGGUGACGUGCAGCUUCGCCCGGGUAUUCCUCCCUCACCUGCGGUUGCGCCUUACUGCUCUGGACUCUAG